AUGAAGGUGUUCACGUCUACGCAGUUUUACAACUACUCGUGGGAUUACGUCAGCGCUGCCAACUGGUGCAAGUAUCCGAACGAGCUAAGCACGCACGUUGUUGGUGUGGACGUUCUAAGACGGGAGUUCGACGCCACAAAGGGUACGCUAACGACAGAGCGAUUGAUCACAUGCAAACAACCAAUUCCAAGGUGGCUGACGUUCCUUGUUGGGGGCCAGGACAAGUCGUUCGUGCGCGAGGUUUCUGUGAUUGACAGGAAUCAGAAAACGUUGACGAUGCGGUCUUGCAAUCUGACAAUGUGUCGGCUACUUAAAGUGUACGAGACCGUUUUGUACCGGCCGGAUCCUGUUUCGCCUGUGUCGCGGACACGGUUCGAGCAGGUUGCGGAGAUCACGGCGUUUGCGUCGUUGCGUCAGCUGUGCGAGAAGCUGGAAGACUGGUCUGUUGAGCGGUUUGGACAGAAUGCCAGUAAAGGAAAGCUCGGGUUCGACUCUGUGCUGAAAAAUUUAGAAGAGCAAUGGAUUGGGAUCAGCGAUAAGACCCAAAACCUGCUUGAGGAGGUGAACGAAAAGACCUCCGAGGUCAUAACCGAGGUGAACCAAAAAACAGGAGCCUUGGCCAAGGCCUUUGGCUGGAAAAAUUAA